AUGGCUUUGCGACUUGUGAUCAAUUCAACGAUCCGUCCAGCUUUCAACACCCAGGUAUUUUUACAUUUUAAGAUGCUUCCGAAGUUAUUGAUUGAUUUUUCUAGGUGCGAAACGCUUCAGCUUUGUCUGUCAAGGAUGUUUUGGCUGCUGCACCAAAUGCUGAAGUCACCACUUUGAAAAAUGGAUUCCGAGUUGUUACUGAGGAUAAUGGAAGAUCUACCGCAACUGUGAGUGUUUAAAGGAUUUUUUGAAAAAUGAAAAUGAAAUAAAUCUAGGUCGGAGUCUGGAUUGAGACCGGUUCACGUUUCGAAAAUGAGCAAAACAACGGAGUCGCUCAUUUCCUCGAAAGAUUGAUUCACAAAGGAACCGGAAAGAGAGCCAGCGCUGCUCUUGAAUCCGAGCUCAACGCAAUCGGAGCAAAAUUGAACUCUUUCACCGAACGCGACCAAACCGCUGUCUUUGUUCAAGCCGCUUCACAAGACGUUGAAAAAGUCGUCGAUAUUCUCGCUGAUGUUUUGAGAAACUCCAAACUCGAUGCUUCCGCAAUCGACACCGAAAGAUCCGCCAUUCUUCGUGAAUUGGACGCUUCUGAUGAUUAUUAUCAAGCAGUUCUCUUCGAUAAUCUUCAUGCUGCCGCUUUCCAAGGAACUCCAUUGGCUAAAAGUGUUUUGGGAACAACACAAUCUGUUCAAUCAAUCACUGCCCAACAAUUGAAGGAGUGGCAAGAGGAUCAUUAUCGACCAGUUCGUAUGGUUUUGUCGGCUGUUGGUGGUGGAGUAUCGGGAGUUCCACAACUCGCUGAGAAAUAUUUCGGAGAUUUGAGCAAUGAAUAUCCAAGACAAGUUCCAGCUGUAAGAGUUUUAUCAUUUUUUUUUUCUAGUUUUUUUUCUUCUACGGGAUAAUAAUCCUCUUGGCCGCUGCGCGGAAGCUUGCGGUCUACACGCUUCGCUCGAAAACAAAACCACAUUAUUUUCUAGGCCGAUGGAACUCGUUUCACCGGAUCUGAAUACAGAUACCGUAACGAUAACAUUCCACACAUGUACGCCGCGGUCGCUGUUGAAGGAGUUGGCUAUGGACACAAAGAUGCUCUUGCUCUCCAAAUUGCCAGUCAAUUCAUCGGACAAUGGGAUGUUACUCAUGCUACAACUAGAACUGCUGCAUCGAGACUUAUCCAAAAAAUUGGAACCGAUCAUGGGCUUCAUAAUAUUCAACAUUUCAAUAUUAAUUAUAAGUGAGUUUUUUUGUUGAAAAAUGUGGUUUUUCGGCGGCAAUAUCUCUAGGUUCUGACCCGCUGAUCACGAACCAUGCGUAAUUCUGGAGCGUUGUUGUUUUUUUCCACGAAAAACUGUUAAAUGUAUUUUUCCAGAGACACUGGAUUGUUCGGAAUCUACUUUGUCGCCGACGCUCACGAUUUGAACGACACCCACGGAAUCACAAAAUCAGUCGGACACGAAUGGAAACAUUUGGCAUCGGCCGCAACUGAAGACGAAGUUGCUCUUGCCAGAAAUCAAUACAGAACAAAUGUCUAUCAAAAUUUGGAAACCAACACACAAAAAGCUGGAUUCAACGCUAAAGAAGUGAGAUUUUCUUGUUUUGUUUGAAUUGACUCCAAAAACCAUGGAAUUUUCAGCUUCUCUACACUGGAAAUGUUCGACAAUUAUCCGACUUGGAAGCUCAAAUUCAAAAAGUUGAUGCGACCGCAGUUCGUGAGGCUAUUUCUAGACACGUUUAUGAUCGUGAUAUUGCUACUGCUGGAGUUGGUGAGUUGAUGUUUUUGGCGGGGAAAUUGGGGAAAUCUCAAUGAAAUUUUUAGCUUUUCAAAGCUAAUUUCGAAUUUUUCAAGUUCUGUUGAACUCCAAAUGGGCGGGGCUUUGAUUUGUAAUUCAGGCACGGUUUUUUUUAAAGCAACACCCUCGUAUAAUAAGACCAUUGCGAAAUGAUUUCAAACACAAAAAUAUAUAAAAUUAACCUAUCCAGCUAUACUCACAAGCAAUAUGAAAAAGAAAUACUCAAAAACGAUCAAGUUUGACCACUUUUGAGAAAAAACAUUAUUUUUUUUUUGAAAAUCGCCUGCAGAUUGUGCAGAUCCGCAAUUUCAUGAAAUUGUGCAAACACUGUGACGACAAUUGUGUGCUACAGUACCCCUUUCAACUUUUUUUCAACAAAAAGUGAAUUGUUUCACUGAAAACAAUGAAAUAAAUUAUAACAAUGAUUUCUGAACAUCCUUAACUAUCUCUACUUUUAUUUUUGACAAUGAUAUUUCAGUUUUAUAUUGCAUAUUCCGGUCAAAAACUAAAAAAAACACAAUUUCCCUCAAAAAAAUUAGUUUUCGUCUGAAAUAUUGAGUCCUAAUGUUUAUACUUCUUCAAUUUAUUUUUUUCAUACCCAGAAAACAGUUUUUUCCAUGAAAAUUGUCAUUUUCCGAAAAAAUGGAAAAAAAAUUUGCAAAAAAAUAAAAAAGAAAACAACGAGACUCCGCGUUGACGCUAGCCCGCGUUGUUUGAAUUUGAGUUUUUUCAGUUUUUCAAUGGGUUUCCAUAUUUCGGCUAAUACUUAUUGAAACUUUUUGAAUUUUUUCUCCGAACUAGAAAACAGUAAAACUAAGCUAAUUCUAAGAUUUGAGAACAUUUGGGCUUUUUUCAAGAAAGUGCCUAUUAUACGAGGGUGUUGCUUUAAUUAAAAAUGUGCCAGGCUUGCGAAUUCAUGCUCCGCCCAUUUUCAUUGAUUCUUGAAGCCAUUAAAAUUAAUUUAAAGCAUUCCUGAUGGAAAAAUCCGAAGUUUCAUCGAAAAACUGAUAAAACCCUGUUUUUUCAAAGAUUUAGGAUUCAAAAAAGAAAAGUUUCAAGUUUUCAAAAAAGUUUAUAAGAGAAUUUUUCAACUGAGAUUUCAGUUUUAGCUGAAAAUUUGAAAAAAAAAUCCAAAUUUCAAAAUUACUUGACUAAAAUCCCAAAUCUUCCAGGUCGCACCGAAGCAUUCCCUAACUAUUCGCACAUUCGCGCCGGUAUGUCGUGGUGGAGAUUGUAA